UCUCCCGUUGGGGCCCGAGAAGGGCAGCGAACACUGGACACUGGGACGUCCGCGGCGGCAGCUUGCAAGACCAUGGCCCAGCCCGGAGGGGCCACGAACCGGGCACCCACGGCCUCUCUCGCGCCGACCGCGCAGAGCCUGCGGUGCGCCCCGCAGCCCCGCCCCUCGAGAGCGGACACUGGUAGCCUGGGCAGGUACUGGGGCAAAGCCGCAGCCACUGCUUCCCGGGAGCCCCCCUUCCCAGGCACGCUGAUGCACUCUGGAGCGGGCUCAGGGCGCCGGCGGGUAGCGCUGCGGGAACUGCUGGGGCUGCAGCGGGCGGCUCCUGCCGGGUGGCUGUCGGAGGAGCGCGCCGAGGAGCUGGGCGGGCCCAGCGGGCCGGGCAGCAGCAGGCUGUGCCUGGAACCGCGGGAGCACGCGUGGAUUCUGGCGGCCGCCGAGGGCCGCUAUGAGGUGCUGCGGGAGCUGCUGGAGGCUGAGCCGGAGCUGCUGCUGCGGGGCGACCCGAUCACCGGCUACUCGGUUCUGCACUGGCUGGCCAAGCACGGGCGCCACGAGGAGCUCAUUCUAGUACACGACUUCGCCCUACGCCGGGGGCUGCGGCUCGACGUGAGCGCCCCAGGCAGCGGCGGCCUCACGCCCCUCCACCUGGCGGCCCUUCAGGGCCACGACAUGGUCAUCAAGGUGCUGGUGGGCGCCCUGGGUGCCGACGCUACGCGCCGCGACCACAGCGGCCACCGGGCCUGCCACUACCUGCGGCCCGACGCGCCUUGGAGGUUGCGGGAGCUGUCGGGAGCUGAGGAAUGGGAGAUGGAGAGCGGCAGCGGGUGCACCAACCUGAACAACAACAGCAGCGGCACCACUGCGUGGAGGGCCGCGAGCGCAGUGGGCGCGACGGCUGUGGAGACAAGCAGAAGAGCGGCGGCGUCGCGGACCAAGGCGAAGGACACCGCGGGCAGCCGGGUGGCGCAAAUGCAUGUCCUUUUCCGCCAUCUGUUCCCCUCAUUCCAGGACCGUUGACAGGGACAGAGACUGGAGAGCUAGGAGGGGCCGCGACGCUGUGGCGAUGGCUAGGUCCUGGGUUGUCCCGGGUUCCACCGAAGGAGAGGCGCCUUGGACGCUGCUUGGGCCUGCAAGGAACAGAACAUGUCGGGGUCCAACUCAGGUACUUGUCUCAGGUCUCCUGUAACCACCGGCCUGGAGGACCUGGGGACUUGGGCACCACCUCACCAAGAGAGAGUGAAGGACCAAGCUGGCCUGGCUCCGAGUUCCAAAGCUACACGACUAAGGAGUUGGGAGAAGGGAUCGUGGUCUUGCUUGGGAGAGGGCAAGUUAAGCUUCCAGUGGCCAUUUCUGGGCAGGCCGACGCGCAGGGUUUAUUAGGAAACAUUCUCUAGAAGAAUGAGUUAAAAUUGCAUACCACCAAUGCAGAGAAAAUGCCUCACUCUGCCGGCCUGGCUCGGCCAUUAAUGGGGUCUUGGGGUGCGGGUAGAGUCAGCCUCUGACAACCUCCUCCUGAGACGACCAAGCCUUAACUGGUACUUUUUCUCAUGUAUCACAGGUGACUUCUUAUGUAUAUUAAAGUGGAAUAUGUGUUCUUUUCACAUGA